GGCAGUGAUCUUGCUUGUAUUGUGUGGGCGUAAUUUUCUAUGUAUACAUUUUCCUGAUUCUUGAUAAAGUUAAUAUAAUACAAGAUAAUAUAGAAAUCUGUUGAGCGAUCAAUAAUUUAAUCAUGUAGUUUAAUAUUGUAGUUUCUUCAAUCAUUUAACAAUGUUAUGAGAGUGUAGCGUUAGCGAUUAUAGAUUAUUUAUUAUUUUAAUUUGCGCAUAAUAUAUCUGUAUUAUCAUGGAUGUAGAAGUAUGUAUAUGUAAGAUAAUAUAAACAGUGACCGAGUGCGACAAAGAUUGUUUAAAAAUGAAUCUAAUGCGCAAACUGCGCGGCGCGUCCGCUUCUGCAUCUCAAGAAACUGCAGAAGCCUCAAAUUCAUCGUCACAUGUACAGUUAGGCUUGAUGCAUUUAAAGAAACUGUUUGCGGAAUAUACCCACCCUCCGCAACCCCUGUCCGAUUCUGAAAAAGAUGACAAAUUGUACAACAUGUUACCUCUCUUUUGCAAGGUAUUUGGCACAAGUCCAUCAAGUGAGAUGAAUGAAAAAUUUUGGGAUAUAUUGUCCUUCUGCCAGCAAGUGUCUAAACUGAUGGUUUCGGAGAUCAAAAAGAGAGCCAGCAAUCAAAGCACAGAAGCGGCUAGUUGUGCUAUAGCAAAAUUUCUGGAAAUAGAAAAUUCUGAGGAGUCCAGCAACGGAUGGAUGCUGCUGUCUACCUUGAACUUGUUGGCAGCUGGUGAUCAAUCACUGAUUCAGGUGAUGACUACUGCAUCCAUACCUUCAACAUUAGUGAAAUGCCUGUACCUAUUCUUUGAUCUCCCCGAGAUACCUGCUGCGGAGGCAGAUGUGCAGGAUGGGAACAGUGAUUUUACACCAAGAGAAAGGAGGAUCUUAUUACAAAAGAUAUUUGUACAGGUGUUAGUAAGAUUAACCAGCCACAAAUUUCCAUGUGAAGAAUUGGCUAGAAAAGAUGAUCUUGGCUUGUUGUUUUCGGCUAUUACGUCAUGGUGCGCCCCCCACAACAUCAUGUGGAGGAAAUCAGCCGCAGAAGUGUUGAUGACUCUAUCAAGACAUGGAUUGACGCCAUCUGUAGUUCAGUACAUACAUAAUCAAAGUUGUGUGGCAUUGUGUAUAGAAAAUAUGCAAAAAAUUCCCGAAUUGACACCAUUGGAGGUUGUAGAGAUGUUUGUGGCAGUAUUUUGCUUCUUGAAGGACUCAAGUGAUGUUAGUCAAUUAUUAUUAGAUGAUUUUCGAUCUUGUCAAGGAUACUUGUUCCUCUCUGAAUUCUUACUGAAACACGAAAAGCAAGAACCACCCGAUUAUUUGACAUCAGGACUAGAGGAAGAGCGGGUUAGCGGCACGGAGGCAAGAGCUGCUCUUAGGAACCUAGUGCUAAUGAUAUCAUCUCUAUGCGCGUGCGGCUUCUCGGAGCUGCGGCCUACUCGAGCCAACACAGAGCUGUUUCAGCUGCAGGGCUUUGUGCUGCCGCAGCCUUCCACGCCGGGGCAGGCGGUCAGGAACGUGCAAGCGUUUCAGGUUUUACAAUCAGUUUUUAUGAAAUCAAAUUCAGCCGCUCUGUGCUGCACUAUACUUGACGCGAUAUCCAGCGUUUAUCACGCAGAUAACGCUAAUUAUUUCAUACUAGAGAAUCAGAACACACUGAGCCAAUUUUCAGAAAGAAUACAUACAAAAAAUGCAGAGAUACAGGAGAAGUUCUUUGAAUUAUUGGAGUUCAUUGUGUUUCAACUGAAUUUCGUUCCGUGCAAGGAAUUAAUCUCUCUAUCUUUGCUGCUGAAAGCCAACCGAUCUCGCAGUUGCAGCAUACUUUGUAUGAAGACCUUAUUGAAUAUUUUAAAGCAUAACGCAAUAUUCAAAGAAGUGUACCGUGAAGUCGGUAUGCUGGAAGUGUUUGUCACUUGCCUUUCGCGUUACGCGGUGUUUCUAAAAGACAAACAGAUAUUAGAGGAGGAAAAAAUAAAACGUGAAGCGGAGGCGUCCGGGUCUCCCCGAGCCCCGGAAAGAAGACGGAGGUUAUCUUCUAGGCAAGAUUCUUUGAUAAAAGAUCCUAAUAUUGAAAUUGAAGAAGAAGAAUUAGGGGCAUUGGUCAUGGAGGGUUUAACUGCUUUGUUGAAUGGAAACACGAAUAAUUGUAACGUGUUUCGAGACUGCGGCGGUGCAAAAUGCGUACAUGGAAUGCUGGUGCAUGAAUCUUGCCGGAACAAGGCGUUAGGUGUUAUAAGAGAACUAAUAGUGAGUGGGUCGGGUGAGGAAGACAUGUCAACAUUGCUAUGCGGUAUGCACGCAGCACCCAACGAUGCACUAAGACUCAAGUUGCAUAUACUGAAGGCUCUUCUAGCUUGCUUGAGGGACUCGCAUCGUACGAGGACGAUUUUCCGGAAGGUGAGCGGUUUCGUCUACGUGACAAGUGUGCUGGUAUCGCUAGAGGGCAAGCUCGCCGGGAACGAACCCAUGGACCGCGACAUGCUCCAGUUGAUACACAUCGUGUUCUACACCAUUAGCACCGCAAUGCGAUUCGAGCCAGCCAACGCUAAAUUCUUUCAUCAUGAGAUCUGUAUGACAACCCUGUGCGACACGAUCCGGCUACUGGGAUGCUUCACCGCUGACGUCGAGCUGUUGCCGGACGUGGAGGCCGGUGACGCCGAGCUGUACGAGGUGUUCCACGAGAUCUUCACAGGGAACAUUCUUGAAAUGACAUUUCCGGAUAAAAUCCCCGUGGUGUUUGUGCACGCUUGCAUUGUUCUGCGACUGCUGUACGACGUCGCCCUGGACUCGUUCGACAAGCCGACUUUCUGUGGCUCUCUCAACGUCAAGUCUCCGAGCCUCACUAGGCAGAGCUCAGCUAUAAAUGAGACAAAGCCUGCGGGUCGUACAGCCCCUUUGAAUCUAUCUUCGAGUGGCAGCAAUGAGGCGUGGGUGGUGCACUCGGGCGUUGUCAUCGUACUGGCGAAACUGCUGCCCGCGCUGCCCAGACCCGAGCAACACAUUGCGCAUGCGCGGGCACUCAGAGACUAUCUCGCGCAUGUGCUCAAGAGUUUGGUGCGAAGCGAGCGCAACCAGCAGGUGAUGUGCGGCGCGGGGCUGGCGGGCGCGGUGCUGCGCGUGAGCGGCGCGGCGCUGCGCGGCGAGCGGCACGCGCUGCACGCGCCCGCCAUGUACACGCUGGAGCGGCUCGCCGCGCACGCGCUGCGCCCCAGCGAGCUCAGGGAGUUUCUUCGUAUGGGAAAUCCACUAAACUGCGUAGCUCCGGAACCCGGACAAGUAUGCAAACCUGGAGGCCCUGUCCCACUCACUAGGAUCAAGACUUUGGUGUCCAUGACUACACCGCGUGAUUACCGAUCUCAAAACUCGUGUACCCUGCCACCGUUCGUGGAGUUUGACAUGUCUGCAGAAGGCUUUGGCUGCCUGUACUUACCGAGCAUCGCGCCGCAGUCCGCCAAUUUAAACGCAUUGGGCACGCAAGACAAUGCUACGCUUGGCGGUAUUGGAUCAGGCGAUCGCGUGUUUCCACCGCAAACGGGUCUCACGUACUCGACGUGGAUUUGCGUAGAGAAAUACUCUGACCCGCGCACGGACCCGCAUUGCGUACGGAUACUCACACUCGUGCGCAAUCUCAAUAACAGUCGUGACGAACAUUUGGUGUGCCUGACGGUGGUGUUAUCGGCGAGAGACAAGGCCAUCAUCGUGUCUACACAAGAGACGCUUGUGCCACACAACGUAGGAGAGUGGGAACCGGAAGGAUCCGGUGAGUGUGGCGCUAGAGUGUGGUGCCCUGACCUUCAGCACGAGGGACAGUGGCACCAUCUCGUGCUGGUCCUCAAUCGGGCAGUUCUCAAGAAUUCGUCAUUCUCUUUGUAUCUGGACGGUCAACACAUGCACUCGGGCAAACUACACUACGUGAGCGCGAAUCCGGGCGGCGGCGCCGCCACGCUGUCCGGGGCGUCGUGCGUGUACUGCGUGCUCGGCACCCCGCCGCAGUGGCGCCGCUACUCGCGCCUCGUGUGGAGGCAGGGGCCGGCCUUGCUGCUCGAGGAUGUGCUGCCAGCGCAAACGGUUUCCUUGAUAUACCAACUCGGACCUCAUUACGUGGGCACUUUACAAGCGCCCUUACCUCCUGGGCCCAACCAAGAGCCUUUAUCGCCUCUAGUGGCUGAAGAAAAGGUCGUUUUUGGUAUCAACGCGCGAGCCAUGUCGCAACUUACUCUCGCAAAGAUACGUAAAGUCUAUAGCAAAAACGAUAACAAAGCGAUCGCCAAGCAACUGGGCAUGUCAUCUCAUGAGAACGCGACGCCUAUUAGAAUUUUACACAAUUCGGCAGGACAUUUGAUGGGCCCAGCUAGGUGUUUGGGCGGCACGGUGGUCGGAUAUUUAGGUGUAAGGGUCUUCUGUUCCAAGCCGGCUGCUAUCAUGAUUGAUACGGUCGGCGGCUGCUCAGUAUUAUUAGGAUUAAUAGCGAUGGCUCAAGACGUGGAAUGCUUAUACGCGGGCGUAAAAGCAUUAGUUUGUGUAAUUCGUUCCAACAAAUCUGCCCAGGCCGAAAUGGACCGCCGAAAAGGCUAUCAGACGCUAGCCAUGUUGUUGAAGAGAAAGAAACAGUUGCUCAAUUCACACAUCUUGCAUCUCAUUUUCGGUCUUGUAGGCACCGUUGAUAGUCAGAAGGAGACUUCUUCAAUACCUAACCUUACUGCUUUUCAGGAUUUAAUAUGCGAACUUGAAGUUUGGCUUGGUGCACCCGGCGGACUAAUCAAAUCCCUCUUAGAGCAUUUAUUAGAAUUAGCAACAGAAACAGCCCAUCGAACGCACAAUUUACGCACAAUGAGAGAACUACAAUUAGUGCCUAAACUUCUUUAUAUUAUAAACGACGUGAAGGUCGUUAGCACAAAGAAUGUUCUUAUACAAUUACUGGCAGCUUUAUUAGGCAGCCAACCACGACCCAGCGACUUGUUGUGUCUUGGGCAGUUCAUGGCGUAUACUUUGCCUCAGCCAUCGCAGUCUGAAAGAGGAAUUAAUCUCAAAGAAAGUGAUUGUGAUAAAGAAUGUGAAGGGGAACAAAUAAUAUUGAGAAAUAAAUGCUUCAAUGUGUUGCAUGGAUUAUUGUUUACGGCAAGAAACUUGGUGAAUACGAUAGUUUGCGACGAGAUCUCGAGAGUUUUGGGCAUGGACUGGCUUUUGAGUUUCAUGCAGGAGAACGUACAUUCCACUACUGUUUUAUGGGCGCUAAGAUUACUUGUCAUCUUGUGUUCGGGACAAGGACAGCAAUCUGCUAUCUUACAAAAAUUCCGUGAAGGUUCCGGUAACGGUGGUUGGCUCCGACACACAGAGCUGGCGUCCCCGCAGCAGGCGGGCGUGAUGCUGCCCGCCGCGCACCACAGCAGCUCGCAUCUCCACAUGCCGCUGCUGCACAGCCCCGGGGAAGCGCUGCUCUCCUGGUUGGUGGUAUCGCACCUACAAAUCCCUGAAAUGUACUACCUCCUGUUCGGUCUGACGCUGGGCCAGCCGAUGCGGUCCGUAUGCAGCGAGCGCUCCGUGUCCGUGGAGCGAGUGUGGGGCGCGGCGUGGGGCUCCGGCGUGCCGCAGCGGCAGUCGCCCGCGGCGCUCGCGGCCAGGAUCACGCUGUGUCCGGAAGCCGUCGUGGUGCUGCUGGCGGUCACGCGGGCGCUGGUGCACGCGGACCCCGCGACUUUGCCUGACUGGUUGAGUGAUCACCCGGUUGCUAUUAUACAAGUGCUGUUUUCGCUGUACAAUACUUUGCCGGAUUUCGUGACUAUAAUGAUGACUGCCGACGUACUGAACGCUCUCGCCUCGACGCUUUUCCCGCCUACUGCUUCCGAAGAUAUCAAUAUGCCAAUCAACGAGAGCGGCGAGAGUUCCGGCGCGUCGAGCCCGGGGUCCGAGAAGGAAGUGGUGAUGGUCAACAACACGGGCGGGCUGACGCAGCAUCCCGUGCGGCAGGGCGUCAUGGACUUCCUCAAGGUCAUCGUGCUGGACUCGCUGCCACUAAGCAUGUCGGGGAAAGCCGCACCGAGCGCCACGUCUGCCCUCACUGACUCAGUGCCACCGUCCAUGUUUUGUACGCCCUGUAGCCCCUGCUCCACACCAAGAUCAUUCUUUUACUGCGUGAUUGACCUGGUAUUGGAUGCGUCACCGCCCAACGCUACGAGUCAACAGCAGAUAGAAUACCAAACGGAAGUCCUCACCACGCUCAUGGAGAACCUCCUUAACACGGAACUUUUCGGCUCCGAGUCCAACAUAUCUAACGUCUGCUAUUUGGCGGCCAGGCUGGUGGAUAAACUAUGGCAGGGGCAGCUGUCCAGAGACCCUCAUGAGGUAUUCGAUUUCAUCGUAAAAUUGGUGACGCAGGCAAAGAAGAAAUCAUCAGUUAUAUCUCUAGAAGGGCUUCAUCACUGUCUGAACAGGACUAUUCUGUACUUGUUGUCGCGGUCUACCGACUCGAUAGCCGACCAAAUGUCAGUUCUUGAAGCCCUUCACAAGCUCACCACUAACAGGUUAUUGAUAUUCGGCGCCGGUAACCACGAGCUGGAGUUCAUCGGCUGCCUGACGUACUGCCUGGUGCAGCUGAGCGCCAACAUGAAGAUCGCGCUGGACUCGCACAUGCGUACCACUUGGCACGUUAACCCCAGCGGCGACCUCGAGUCCAGGGACGAUAAACUUACCACGCAUCAGGGUCGCAACUUAAUGGCGGGGGCGGCUCGUCGGGUGUGGGAGGAGCUAUACGCGUGCAAGAAGCCGGCCAUAGAGGAGGUGUUCAAGGCGACGCUGCUGCCGCCCGGCGGCAACGCGCGCGCGCCCGACCUCGCCGCCGCGCGCGAGCAGCUGCUGGACGCCGCGCUGCGCCUGUGGGGCAACUACAUCGACGCCGAGAGGAAGGCGGUGUACAGAGUGCCAUGGGAGCUCCACAAUCAGAUCCAGUCGAAGAUACAAAAGGUGACAGGAGGGCUGACGAGGCUCGCAUCUCGCACCAAAGUGAAGAAAGACGACUCCGCCAAGCAAAGAUCUCAUCCACCUCGAGAUCAUGCCCUGGCGUAUAUGCAGGACCAUGUGCAACUUGUUAGGCAAGCGUGGAGCGGCCGACUAGCGCUCAGCGCGUUAACAGCGCUUCACACGCAACGCGAUGUACAAUCAGAGUGGGCGGGCGCUUGGCGGGAACUCACUCGCGAGAGGGCGCUGUGGGGACCACCUAAACCUAACCCACUUGAUAAGUGGCUACUAGACUCUACGGAAGGUCCCUGUCGUAUGAGGAAGAUGUUGAGAAGAAACCAUUUGUUCUAUCUACAUUAUCCAUACAGACCUGAUUUGGAUAACCCUGACAAUAAACAACUAAAAUACAAGGUGGCGCAAAGUUUAGACAGCAAAGAGUACUACAGGGUGUACCAACAGUGGCGCUCGGCCGGGAAUGACCUGGGCGAGGCGGAUUUUGUGGACGCCGCCGACUUGCAGACUUACGAGGAGGAAAUCACCAACAAUAGGGAUACAUCUAUGGAAGUAACGAACGAGGACGGCUCCCCCUCUGACCUGGUCAGCAGUGGAGUGGUCAGCCGAGGGAACAACCAAGGCUCCGGUGAAGUAAAUGAAGAUGGUCCAGAUUUGGAGGACGAAGAUGAACAGCCGCCACCGCCGCCAGACAACCAAACUCUUUUGCGAUUGCUGGAACACCAUGAAAAGAUAUCACACAUGUUUCGCUGUGCACGAAUACAAGGUCUCGACACGACCGAGGGGCUGUUACUAUUCGGGCGCGAACAUUGCUACGUCAUCGACGGUUUUACUCUCUUGAAGAACAGAGAGAUUAGAGAUUUGGACAGCUGUCCUGAUGACUACGAACCCAUACUGCCCAGCCAGGGCAUACAGAGGAGCAACCAACGGCAGUGCUCGAAAUUUCUCUAUGAAGAUAUACGGGAAGUACACAAACGGAGGUAUUUACUACAACCUAUAGCAUUGGAAGUGUUUUCCAGCGACGGUAGGAAUUACUUGCUGGCCUUCCCUAGGAAAGUGAGAAAUAAGGUGUACAGCAGGUUCACGUCGCUGGCCACGGGCAUGGCGGACAGCGCGGCGGGGUCUGUGGCGGGGCAGAAGCGCGGCGUGGCCGUGGAGCAGCCCGGCGGCCUGCUCGCCUCGCUCAUCGGCGACACGUCCGUCACGCAGCGCUGGCUGCGUGGUGAAAUAUCGAACUUCCAAUAUUUGAUGCACCUGAAUACACUAGCCGGUCGCUCCUACAACGACCUGAUGCAAUACCCGGUGUUUCCCUGGAUCCUGGCGGACUACGACUCUUUGGAGCUGGACCUCACUGAUCCUAACACCUUCCGAGACCUCACCAAGCCCAUGGGAGCUCAAAGCCCUCACAGACUUGAGCAGUUUAGGAAGAGAUAUAAGGAAUGGGACGAUCCUCACGGCGAGACGCCGCCGUAUCACUACGGCACGCACUACUCGUCUGCGAUGAUCGUAUGCUCGUACCUAGUGCGCAUGGAGCCCUUCACGCAACACUUUCUGAGGCUGCAGGGCGGCCAUUUUGACUUAGCUGACAGAAUGUUCCAUUCUGUAAAAGAAGCGUGGAAUUCUGCGUCACAGCACAACAUGGCCGACGUGAAGGAGUUGAUCCCUGAGUUCUUCUAUCUCCCAGAGUUUUUAGUCAAUUCAAAUAAUUUCGAUUUAGGCAGCAAACAAUCGGGCGUAGCAUUGGGCGACGUAGUUUUACCUCCGUGGGCGAAAGGAGACCCGCGAGAGUUUAUUCGACUUCACCGAGCUGCUCUAGAAUCAGACUUCGUGUCCCACCGGCUGCACCACUGGAUAGACUUAGUUUUCGGCUACAAACAACAAGGACCUGCUUGUGUGGAAGCAUGCAAUGUAUUCCAUCAUUUGUUCUACGAGGGCAACGUCGAUAUUUACAAUAUCGACGACCCAUUGAAGAAAAACGCUACCAUAGGUUUUAUUAACAACUUCGGACAAAUACCAAAGCAGCUGUUCAAAAAGGCUCACCCCAGCAAGAAGAUGUCACAACGUAGCUCAACGAUACUAGACCCAAACAAUAUAAUUCCGUCGCAGGGCAUCACGCCACCAGAGAAGUUGUUCUUCCACAAUCUGGAGAAUUUGAGGCCGUCGCUACAGCCAGUAAAAGAGGUAAAAGGACCUGUUGGGCAGAUCCUAUAUACGGACAAAGCUAUUCUAGCCGUGGAACAAAACAAGGUUUUAAUGCCACCGUCAUACAAUAAGUACGUCGCGUGGGGCUUCGCAGACCACUCGCUAAGAAUCGGAAACUAUGACAACGAUAAGGCUGUUUUCGUUUGUGAGACAGUCGCGCAGGCUUGUGGGGAGAUCGUCACGUGCGUCUGCCCUUCGGCUAAGACAAUCGUCACUGCGGGAACUAGCACCGUGGUAACAGUGUGGCAGUACUGGGCGCGUCGUCGUCGCCUGGCCGUCAAGGUGUGCCUGUACGGGCACGAGGAAGCCGUCACGUGCCUCGCCGCCAGUCCCGCGUACAACCUGGUGGUGAGCGGCAGUCGGGACGGGCUGGUCAUCGUGUGGGACGUGGAGAGGGGCACCUUCGUUCGGCAGCUGGUCCCGCCUGACGUCAGCCCGGCACCGCCAGUUUCCGCUCUAGCGAUACAUGAUCUCACGGGCGACAUAGCGACAUGCCGCGGCAGCUGGCUGUACGUGUGGUCCAUCAACGGCGUGCUGCUGGGCGGGGUGGACACGGGGGGCGUCCGCGACCGCUCGCACCAGCUGCUGUGCUGCGCCUUCAGCCACACGCGCGAGUGGGACCCGCUCAACGUCGUGCUCACCGGCUCCAGCGACGGGCAAGUCAGGAUGUGGUCAAUAGACUACACAGUGGAGACAGCAGACGAACAAGAGGAGAGUAUGGAAGCAGUAAGCACUGACGCGCCCUCUAUGGACGCGACGAGCACUGAUGUAGGGUCAACUUCGGUGGACGUCGACAAAGACACUGAUCUUAAGGUGCAGGACUGCGAAGACGCUAAAUUUGAGCCUGAUCCCAAGGAGUACGAGAUGAAAGACGAUGAUGUAGAGCCGGAUAGAGAAGCAACGAUCAAACGCGUGGAAGAACUAGUCAAGCAAAUGAGCCUGUCGCAAGAAACCGAAGGAAACUUAACGAAAUCAGCGUCCGAGAGUUCACUAUCAGACGGCUGCGAGACCACCAGCGCUAAGGAAUCCGCGAGACGGCACGAAGAGAAAGACGUGUGUAGCGACGAAGAACAACCCUACGCAACUGCAGAUAAAGUGCCCGAUGUCGACUCUAGCGACGAUACUAAGACGUACGACAAUGAGAAGGAGACUGAAGAUGAGAAAGAGAUUGUCCGGAAUAAACUGCAGAAACAAGGGAAUGUCGUGCUCAGAAGAAAAUCUAAGGGGAACCCGCUGUUUAGGAAAAGCGGCGGCAGCAUAGGCGAGUCGAGCGAAUGUGGGUCGACGGAGGCCGUUUGUGGGUCACAAGACAGCUGUGAAGGUCUGCGGCCCAGCAAGUCCGACACCAGCCUCAGCGACUCCUUCGUUCUGGUCGCCGCUCCCACCCCUACUCCGCCUGCACCUGUUUCAGAAGUUCCGGUGCGAUGGCAGCGGCGGCUGGUGCUGCGCGGCAAGCUGACCAUGCACACGGCGUUCGAGCGGCGCGACAACGCCAGCCCCGCCGCCGUCACCGCGCUGGCCGCCGCGCGCUCGGGCCGGGGGCUCGCCGUGGGCGACGCACGCGGCCGGAUAUUCCGAUGGUCUGCGCCUGAUAUGUCAAGUUCGUCAGGCGCAAAAGGAGGACCAGCCGACCAUUGGAUCCGUGAUGACACCGCACCUUAUUGCACGCAAUGUCAGGUCCGGUUUACGGCGCUAGAGCGGCGCCACCAUUGCCGGGAGUGCGGCGCGGUGUUCUGCGGCCGUUGCUCGCGCUACGAGGCGCCCGUGCGCAGGCUGCGCGCUCUGCGGCCCGUGCGGGUCUGUCAGCGUUGCCACGACAACAUUCACAAACGAGACUAACCUUGUAAAUGACGAUUUAAAAAAAAAAACUAAAAAAUAGCACCAGAUUGAAUAAUUAGUCUGUCUGUGAGCAUGCGUUGCACUCACGAUUGAAUAAUGCGAUCUGGUACAAAAUUAAAUAUACUUAUGAAGCUCCUGGAUGGUAGGGCCGUGCUGCUUUUUUUGCCCGCUUUGUUUCACGUUCAUGGAAAGAACUGACAAUGCGCUAUAUUAAAUAUUGUAUUUUAAUUUGACCGACCUAGGUCACCAUCAUUAAAUAAAUUGUAUAUUUCAAUUUGACCCUAUUAUAAUAUAAUACAAGAUCAAAUGGCUGAUUACGUAAUAUCUUUAAUAAAAUAACAUUCACAGCAUUCAGGCGAAUAAUUAGGAUUAAAAAAGCUUUAUAUAUGUACACUAAAACAUACAAUGAAUGGUCGCUGUUUGUCAUUGCGGUUAUUUGUUAUUUCAUUUCCCCAAAGAACGACCUGUAUCAAAAACUGUAAUCUUACUUUAAAUAUAUAUUUUGUGUGUAAUUGUUCACUAAUAUCUUUUAAUUGACGGGAAAUAAAUACAACAUUGUGUAUCUGGUUUAGAGGGAUAGCAUAUUAUAAUUUCAAAUACAAUUUGGCAACAGGAUAGGGGGAUACCUUGAAAAUUAAAAAUCAUAAUUUUAUAACUUAAGAUUUUUAAUUUGUUAUAAAUCUAUGUAUAGUAAAUAAUUAGCUUGAAUAGAUUUUUUUAAAACUACCUAAUCAUCCCAAUUAUAAAUGCAAAACCUUUUCACUUAACCAAACUUAAUUUUAAAAUUUCUUUUACUUGAAAGAGUACUGAGAAAGCAUAAAUUUCUUCCCAGAAAAGGUACCCUAAAGAAAGGUAGGUAUGUAUGCGAGCCAAGCCAUAAGCAAAGGCUAGUAUCAAAUAGAAAUGCUAAAUCUCCAGUUCGUGUCGCUGGGAAAUCGAAACUGCUGCUAACUUUUACUUUUUUAACUCUAAUAAUCUUUUGGGAAAUUCAAUUUACAUAGAUUCUUCUUAUAUGUAUAUUAAUAUGUGUAAAAAUAAUUAUUAAUGAAUUAUUAGGUGUAAAAUCAAAUAACGUUUUUUUUUUUUCCUUUUUUAUAAAAUUAUAUUUUAUGUAGAUCUUAUUACAUAGUAGGAUUUUCCAAGGCUUUCAUUAAUUUUAUUACGUAAUUAAAUGACGUUUAAUUUUUAUAAUUAUUUAUUAACAACAUUUUUAUAAUAACUUGUCAUGGUAAAAAUAUAAUGUAUAUUUUGAUAUGUGUCUUUUCGUAUCUUGUAUUUUAAGCGAAAAUGUAAUCAGUAUUAAGUAAUUGACAAGUUGUUAAAAAUAAUAAAUCAAGUAUGGUUUAUUGCGGAUCUCAAAGUUUGAGUUGUCUUAUAUCCAUUUAUAUAAGUAAGCUAUGCUAUACGUUAUCAAACUAUUGUUAUUUUUAAGGUAAGUUUUGACUUCAUAUGAGUUUGUGAUAUUUUAUUGAAGUGAGAAAUUAAUAUAUUUUCUUUUCAAAAGCAAUGUUUGAUUGUUUUAGAAAAAAAUGCUAAUUUAUUUAUUUUCGAAUAUAAUUAACUAGUCAUAAAUUUAUGAAUGAAUUUCCUUGCGCUAUUUAUUAUAAUUUAAUAUUAUUAAAAAAGAUAAAUGAAUCCUUUCAUCAUUUUAAUAUCGUUAUAAAAAAAUAAUAACUAAAAGGCAUUUGUAGAUAACAUUCCUAGUCACAAUCUCUGUACCUUCAAAACUAAACGUUUUUUAAACGUAAAUACCUAUUCUGUAUCUAAGUAGUAUUAAUUUUAGCCUUUAAUUAUAAGAAUCCGGUAUGUUUUCCGCCAUUCUCCGAAAAUAAAUGUUUUUUAAUUGUAAUAAUAACGUUAUAUUCGUCUAUAUUUUAACUAAGAACACCUUGAUGUGUGCAGUCGAUGAGAGACCUUAGUGGACCCUAUUGUUGUUCUACAGGGUAUAUAUAAAGGACUUAGUUGAAUAAUUACUUAUCGCUUGCGCAUAUAAAUAUUGGGAGGAAAUUUAUUAUUGAAAUAACAUCAAAUGUAAAGCCAUCAAUAGUUUUCUAAAUUUGUAAAAUGAGAACUGUUUUAACAAAUACAUACUGGAAUUUAAAGAUGAAAUUAAAAAGGAGAGAUGUAAGAUUAAGAUCCUCGUAGGAACCAUUUCCUGUAGAUUUGAACCCGGCAUGUGUUAGGCUGGACUCUAGUGUAAAAUAUCACCCGUAUAAUGCCUCGUGCCAGACUUAAAUAAUAAUCGGUCACUUCUUUUUAAUGACUGUAAAUGUUGUAUGGCACGCUCUAACAACAUUGCCAGUUAUUAAAAUUCAAGCUUACUUGUUAUAUAGUAACACAAACAAGAUUGUAUAACUUAUUUAAAACUUAGUUGAAAAUCACAGAGCUAGCGAUUUAUAUUCACUAUAGUUAAAAUUAAUAUUGUCUUUGCCCCAGCCCAAUUCAUGCCGGGUAUUAGAACUAAGUGUAAGUGGAUGUUUCUUAGUCACUUGAUCUGUGUAUAGGAAAAUAAUUUACAGACAAUAUAUACGUUGUUUAGGUAGUACGUAGGCACCGAAGUUUAUGCCGUUGACUAAUGUAUUCAUGUAUAAAUGAAUAAAACCGCAUCAAGA